AUGAAUGCAUUUGUCACCAUCCAAAACGACGUCAAUGCAUUCAUUGACUCCACCAAAAACCAAAACGCCCAGGCCGGCAAAAUGCCUGUUCCGGGCAUCAAACAAGCCUUGGAGAAGAAAGAAGGUUUGUUCCGUAAACACAUGAUGGGUAAGAGAGUCAACUACGCUGCCCGUUCUGUGAUUUCGCCCGACCCUAAUUUGGAAACCAACGAGAUUGGUGUUCCGCCAGUGUUUGCCGUCAAGUUGACCUACCCCGAACCUGUCACGGCCUACAACGUUGCUGAGUUGAGACAGGCGGUCAUCAACGGUCCAGACAAGUGGCCGGGCGCUAUACAAGUGCAAAACGAAGACGGCUCGAUGGUGUCUUUGAUUGGCAUGACUCUUGAGCAAAGAAAGGCCAUUGCCAACCAAUUGUUGACCCCUUCGAACGGAGCCACCGUCAUCAACAAGAAGGUGCACAGACACAUCAAGAACAAGGACGUGGUGAUCAUGAACCGUCAGCCUACAUUGCACAAGGCCUCCAUGAUGGGUCACAAGGUGCGUGUGUUGCCAGGAGAAAAGACGUUGAGAUUGCACUACGCCAACACCGGAGCGUACAAUGCCGAUUUCGACGGAGACGAGAUGAAUAUGCAUUUCCCUCAGAACGAGAAUGCCAAAGCCGAGGCACUCAACUUGGCCAACACAGACUCGCAGUACUUGACUCCUACAUCUGGAUCUCCAUUGAGAGGUUUGAUUCAGGAUCACAUUUCUGCCGGUGUGUGGUUGACCAACAAAGACAGUUUCUUCACGAGAGAAAAGUACCAGCAAUUGAUCUACGGGUGCAUCCGGCCCGAAGACGGACACACCAAUGGCGCCACGAGAAUCGUGACUGUGCCACCUGCUGUGUUCAAGCCGGAGCCUUUGUGGACAGGAAAGCAGGUGAUCACCACGAUUUUGUUGAACAUCAAGCCAAAGGGUGUUCCUGGCAUCAACUUGGUGUCGAAGAACAAAAUCAAAGACGACUACUGGGGCAAGGGCUCGCGCGAGAACGAGGUUUUGUUCCGCAACGGUGAGUUGUUGAGCGGUAUCUUGGACAAGUCGCAGUACGGUGCCUCUGCCUAUGGUAUUGUGCAUUCGUUGCACGAGGUUUACGGCCCGGACACCGCCAGCAAAGCCUUAUCGGUGUUGGGCCGUCUUUUCACCAACUACAUCAUGAUGACGGCCUUCACUUGUGGUAUGGACGACUUGCGUUUGACCGACGAAGGAAACGCCUGGAGAAAAGACAUCUUGAAGCAGUCGGUCGACAUUGGCCGUGCGGCGGCGUGUGAAGUGACCAACUUGGACAGCUCGACGACCAGCAGCGACAGCGAGUUGUUGAAGCGUUUGGAGGAGAUUUUGCGUGACGACAACAAGUCAGGCAUCUUGGAUGCCAUCACCCAGUCCAAGGUCAAUGCCAUCACGUCGCAGGUGGUGAGCAAGUGUGUCCCCGACGGCACCAUGAAGAGAUUCCCAUACAACUCCAUGCAGGCGAUGGCCUUGUCCGGAGCCAAAGGUUCGGGUGUCAAUGUGUCGCAGAUCAUGUGUCUUUUGGGCCAGCAGGCGUUGGAAGGCAGAAGAGUGCCGGUGAUGGUGAGUGGAAAGACUUUGCCCUCGUUCAAGCCAUACGAGACCGAUGCGCGGGCCGGUGGUUAUAUCAAGGGCCGUUUCUACUCGGGAAUCCGUCCGCAGGAGUACUACUUCCAUUGUAUGGCGGGCCGUGAAGGUUUGAUUGAUACUGCCGUCAAGACUUCCAGAUCGGGAUACUUGCAGCGUUGUUUGACCAAGCAGUUGGAAGGUAUCCACGUUUCGUACGACAACUCUGUGCGUGACGGAGACGGCUCGUUGCUCCAGUUCUUGUACGGAGGAGACGCUGUCGACACCACCAAGCAGUCGCACAUGAACCAGUACAAGUUCUGCUUGGACAACUACGACGCCUUGUUGGCCAAGUACAACCCAGGCGAAUUGACGGAGCAUUUGGACACCGACACGGCAUUGUCCUACAGCAAGAAGGUCCGCAAGAACCUCAAGAAGCAAAAGGAUCUUCCUCACUACAACCAGUCAACCAAGUACGACCCAGUCUUGUCCGUGUUCAACCCGGCCAAGUAUUUGGGUGCAGUUUCGGAAAAAUUCCAGGAGAAGCUCGACGACUUUGUGAACCAGCACAGUGACUUGUUCGCCAAGCACCUGAGCGAUGGCGUGAGCGAGAAGAAGUUCCGGGCAUUGAUGCAGUUGAAGUACAUGCGUUCGUUGAUCCACCCAGGAGAGUCUGUGGGAAUCAUUGCCGCACAGUCCAUUGGUGAGCCAUCGACGCAGAUGACGUUGAACACUUUCCACUUUGCCGGUCACGGUGCCGCCAACGUGACGUUGGGUAUUCCGAGAAUGAGAGAAAUCAUCAUGACCGCCUCGGCGUCGAUCAAGACGCCCCAGAUGACCUUGCCUCUUUUGGACGAUGUCAGCGAUGACAUGGCUGACUCCUUCUGCAAGUCCAUCGGUAAGGUGUGCUUGAGUGAGUUUAUCGACAAGGUGGUGGUGACAGAAACAACCGGUACUGACGAUGGCACAAGCUACCGUUCGUACAAGGUCAAGAUUGUGUUCUUCACCAAAAAGGAGUACGAGGAGGAGUACGACAUUGCCCAGGAGCAGUUGCAGAACACCGUGGCCACCAAGUUUUUGGCCAAGUUGGAGUUGGCUAUUUCUAAAGAAAUGAAGAAACAAACCCGCUCGGACAGCUUGCCUACUGUGGGCAAGGCCGUUCCUAAGGCCCAGACUGAUGCGGCUUUGGCACCAAAGACCAUCGGCGAAGAAGGCGAAGACGGAGAUGCAUCCGACGAUAAGCUCCGUGCCAACACCAAACAGGCUGUAUCAUACGACGCACCAGAUGAAGAUGAGGAGAAGAUGCGCCGUGCCGAGCAGACGUCGGAUGAGGAGAUGGAAGAGUCCGAGACGGAAUCUGGCUCGGAGUCGGAAUCUGAGUCGGACUCCGAUGACGACAACAUGGUUGUGGAUGAGGCCAAGGAAAGCAAGCCCAAGGACACCAAGCCAAAGACAUUGACCAAGAGUGCCAAGGAUCGCCAGGCCGACGUUGUGUCGCUGCACCACUUUGUCAAGAAGUACGACUUUGACGACGAAAACGGUGAAUGGUGUGAGUUUGAGAUCGAGCUUCUUGGUGAUGUGCAAAAGUUGUUGAUGGUCAACAUCAUCGAAGACUUGUGUCGCCAGGUUGUUGUUCGUGAGAUCAAGAACAUCGGCAGAUGUCUUCGCCCACAACCAGAGAAUGGUCGCCGCGUUUUGACCACCGAAGGUGUCAACUUCAAGGCCAUGUGGGAGCAGGACGACUUUAUUGACGUCAACGGUGUCCGUUCCAACGACAUCAGUGCUGUGUUGAGAACGUACGGUGUGGAGGCGGCCAGAAACACCAUUGUCAAUGAAAUCAACAACGUGUUUUCGACAUACGCCAUUUCGGUGUCGUCACGUCAUUUGGACUUGAUCGCCGACAUGAUGACUCGUGAAGGUUCGUAUCUUGCGUUCAACAGACAGGGCAUUGACUCGUCCACUUCAGCAUUCAAGAAGAUGUCGUACGAAACCACAUGCCAGUUCUUGACCAAGGCGGUUUUGGACGGCGACAGAGAGGACUUGGAAUCGCCCUCGGCUCGUAUUGUCAUGGGCAAGUUGUCCAAUGUGGGUACGGGCUCGUUCGAUGUGAUGGCCCAGAUGCCCACUGUGGCAUGA